AUGGCCUCUCUGCGCUUGACAAACCAGUUCACUGUCCUACGGGCUCUCCGUCCUCGUUGCCCUCAACCAUCCACCCGUCUCUCUUCUUCCUUCUCUUCACGAGCAUCUACACUCGCAUCGACUGUCUCGCGCCCAUCUGCACUCCCGCGAUCCUCAGCAAGCAACGGCUUCGCUAGCAACCGACGAGCUUUCUCCACCACCUCCACCGUUCAAUUCAACCCUUCACCAGCCAAAAUGGGCGGCAACAGCGUUGUGACUAUCACCACUAAGGAAGAGUUCAAGGAGAAGAUCACCAACUCCAAGGGACCCGUUGUUCUAGACUGCUUUGCCGACUGGUGCGGUCCCUGCAAGGCCAUCGCCCCCAAGGUCGAACAAUUCGCCGAAGAGUUCACCGACGCCAAGUUCUACAAGUUCGAUGUCGACGACCUGUCCGAUGUUGCCGCUGAGCUUGGUGUCCGCGCCAUGCCCUCGUUCUUUCUCUUCAAGGACGGCGAGGUCGUCGACACCGUUGUUGGUGCCAACCCCCCAGCUCUGCAGGCUGGUAUUCAGAAGAUCCUUGCGUAG